AUGGUGAUCAAAGGCUGGCUUGAGCCAGAGCGCGUUGUCGUUACUUCUGCGGGUUCCGGUAGGUCGCCGGCAGUGUCUGGCUCGGUGGCUGCCUCGAAGAAGCCGCCACUGACGUUUGCACUGAAACCGCCUCCUUCCAUGCUGGAGGCCCCGAAACCACCAGAGCAGGCUCCACCUGCCGCAGAGCCUCAUCCUCCCGCUGCGGCUGCUCCUCACGCGCAUGCUCCUGCGGGGCCUGCUCUCGUUGCCCCUGUUGCUCCUGUUGCUCCCGUUGAGUCUCCAGUUCCCGUUGUCGUUGUUGAUGCCCCCCCGGGCACCCCGGUCCUCGAUGCGCCGCAUGUCUCUGUCGCCCUGCCUGCACCGGUUGCUGCUGUUGGUUUGUCGCCGCACGCGGUGUCCGCCACCACUGGCGGCCCGGGCCCGGGGGAGGUGGGGGGGGGCGUUGCGCUGUCGGCUCCUGUCCUACCGACUGCGGCAACAUCGGUGCCACCCUCGAACGUCCUGGCGGUUCCUGAUCCCGCGCCGUACGCUGCUGCUCCCCUGGCUCAGCGUCAGCCGUCUCCGGGCCGCCAGCAGCAUUGGCCUCACUCUCCUGUGCCCCCCGUUCCCCCUCCCCCAGCUCCCUCUGCAUCUGGUGCUGCUCAUGGGAACCGCAUGCGCCUGCCGUGGGUUCCUCCGGUGGCGGGUAUGGAGUUCGUGACCGCGGCCGGAGGACCGGUGACGGCGCAGUAUCCAUCUCUACUGCCUAUUGCUCCUGCUCCUCUGGCUGCAACGUUGCCGGUACAGUCACUGGUGGGGCCAACUCCGUCAGCCGUGGUGCCGGAGGCAUCUCUGGGGCAGCUAUGGCACCUCUCUGAGGGUCUACGGGCUGUGCACCUGAUUCAGGUGUAUGAUCACGCAGCUCUUUCUCAGGGUGUCCCUCUGUACGGUGGCCCUCGGGACGAGUGCCUGGAUGCCGCUGAUCGGCUGGCCGAGCUCUUGGCGCCCGUGUUGGCUGCGCCCGCGCGGGGUGGAGUUGCAGGCGUUGGACAACUUGGGACGGCGGUCUGUGGUCUCCGCCGGUUUCUGCGCGCAAGGACUGCUGUCGACUUGAUCGGCGCAACCACAGUGGUGGUGCGCGAGCUGCAUCGCUCUCUGACGGGUCUUCUCGCCGUCCUUGACGCGGAUCAGAUGUAG